UUUAAUACGCUAGUCAGUCGCAUUCCUUACUGGAGGUUAAACCGUUCUGAUUGGUCGCCGUGCGGUGACGUCACGCGUCCGCGACCGUUCAUGAUAAUGUGUUCAACAUUCAACAUGGCCGUGUAGUUGUUAGUGGUGUGUGUGUGUGUGCUAGUUACAGUGGGGUUGAAUGGAUUUUAAACGUAAAUAAUGCCUAGAAAAAGAAAUGGCGAAAUCCCUUUGCCCGACGGUUGGGAUUUCGGACGCGAUUACGACGGGAAAUUAUACUUUAUCGAUCAUAAUACGAAGAAAACGACUUGGAUUGACCCGAGAGACAGAUAUACUAAGCCACUCACCUUUGCGGAUUGUAUAGGAAACGAAUUGCCCCUAGGAUGGGAAGAGGCUUACGAUGGGCAAAUCGGUCCUUACUACAUUAACCACAUGAGCCAAUCGACCCAGCUCGAAGAUCCAAGACAAGGAUGGAGAGCAGUUCAAGAGGCCAUGUUAAGAGACUAUUUACAGACUGCCCAAGAUGUUUUAGAGGACAAAAAAGCAAUAUAUCAAGUGAAAUCCCAAAGAUUGAUGCUGGCCCAAGAUGAGUACAAUCACCUAAACAACGAGCUGGCAACCCUAACCACAUCUAGGACGAGCUUAUGUUCGACGACCAGUACAAUAAGCACCAAAUAUGACCCAGACUUGCUGAAAUCCGACGUAGCCAUGGCCAAAAAUCGGGUGUCCAGGUUAAAGUCCGAAUUGGAGCAGAUCAGAAGCGAAAUGAACUUCACGCAGAGGGGCGUAGAAACCUUAACAAACGUCGAACAAAAACUAAGUAUGGGCCAAGGGACCGUCUACAACAUAUCAGAAGCACAAGCCAUAAUGACUGAACUGAGAAACAUCCAAAAAUCCUUAUCUUCCGGAGAAAAAGAGAAAGCGGAACUGAUGCAGUCCCUAGCGAAACUAAAAGACGACCUCACGCGACUGCAACUUUCAGAAAGUUCUCCGGAUGUGUCCACCUUAAGUAUACCUCAAGAAAAACUUAGCACGGCCUCACAAACAGACCUUUCGUGCGAACUUGUCCCAAUCGGUACUAGACUGGCCGAAAUGGCAAAAAUGCGAUUGGAAUACGAUGAAGCCCGUAAGAAAGUUCAAAUGAUCCAGCAAAAACUCGCCGAUCUGGAGGAGAAAGUGCAGCCGGGCCAAGCCGAGUCGGACAAGGACAGACUUUUACUAUUCCAAGAAAAAGAACAACUGUUACGAGAGUUAAGAAGUAUUACUCCACGCAUGCGAACGAAAGAAGAGAUGUGCGAAAUCCAACAGGAGUGCCGCAGGCUCGAGCAGGACCUUAAGAACGCUUUAGAGAUGUCAAACAGAGCGAUAGCUGACCGGUUAAGGCUCCACGAGGAGAAACAGCUUUUGCUCCAGCAACUCAAGGAUGGCCUAAAGCACAUGACUCAAUUAGAAUCUCAACUUAAAACACUCUCAGCCAGCACGUUGUCUGUCAGCAGCAGUUCUAGUUUAGGCUCACUGUCGACAACAAGCAGUAAAGGCUCACUAAGUUCCGGAUUGAGUUUCACCGAUAUCUACGGAGGGCCUCAAUGUGUGGGAGAUACUCAAAGUAUUGGAUCCUCCAAUGUGGAUAUGGCCGAUCUGCACCGGAGGGUCGAGCGGUUGCUGAAGAAUACUGAUAACACCCAUAUACCUUCGCCAGUACGUUCGCAGCCGUCAUUAUCGCCACGGAGUUCGCUAUCUUCGGUAUCGCCGCCCGUGUCUCCUAUGUACGAGAAUUUACCCUGUCUACUGCCUCCACCCACCUAUGAACAGGUGGAGAAGGACAGACGGAUGCAAUCGGAACAAAGACUCGAGGAACGAUUGUUAGAGUUGAGAAUAUCGAAUAAUGGUAGUAACGAGUAUAUCAAUUAUACGCCGCAAAGGGUGGCGAUUCCUAGUUUGUCUCCGUUGACUGACCUUUUGGAAGCACAAGCCACGAAUAUGUCACAAGGUUCCGGCUUGGGAAGGCCCAGCAGAUACUCGUACGAGAGCUCAGGAGACGCUCCCCUAUCACCAAUUUCAGAAACGCCUCCGCCCUUAAUCGACCACGACGAGAUGCUCCAGGGACCCACCCUCUCCCGAACCUCCUCCUCCGGGACGAAUACGCGAUCCGUUUCAGCAGCGGUGAGCGACGAAUCCGUGGCGGGAGACUCUGGUGUCUUUGAGGCCUCCAAUAGGAGACGCGCUUCGGGCAUUUUCGGCUCCAGCCUGGACACCGAAACGGCACAAGUACAAAUUAAACUUAGAUACGUCGUGAACGACGGACUGCUCAAUGUAACGGUCGAGAAGGCCCGUAAUUUGAAUGCGUUAUUUAUCCCGGAGAAUUCAGAAGUGUAUAUAAAAACGGCUCUCCUGCCGGCCAAUCCGCCCCAAUCGUGGUGUACGAAACCAGUCAGGGACCUCAGAAAAGCAAACUUCUGCGAUAUGUUCAACAUUCCAGUGCCUUCUAACAGGAUUUGCGCGAAAACAUUGCAGGUCAAUGUUUGGAGUAAAUCAGAGGGGCACCAAGAUAUCUGUGUGGGAUGUGCCCAAGUAAGCUUAGCAGACUUCAAUAUACACUCGACAACACAGAAAUGGUACAACAUUCUCAGCCUGUUAGAAGAAGCCCGAACGGUAACAACAGUACACCCAAAACAAUCCUCGGAAGUAUCGAUAACGCGGGAAAAACAAGAACACAGCGGCAAAGAGGAAAGUUCUGACGAUUCCACCGUCAGCUCGUCCCAAACCAGCACUUUAACUCGCAAUCAGGGCACAACCAUUCCUUCGGGAAUGAAUCUCAACUUCGACGAUCUGUACAACUGCCUCAAAUCUACUAAGGAGUACGAUAGUGCCGACGAAUCGGAAGAAUCUGACGACGAGCUUGAAGAUGAAGAUGAUGUAGAAUUGCCGCAGAAACUCGACGUGGUCGAGGAAGAGAAAUACUCAGACAAACAAACCAAUACGGAAUGCAUUUUCAACCCGGAACAAGCCAAACACAUGAAAAUGGUGCAAAACAACGCGGCGGAAGAUCGUGGAGCGAUUAAGCGAAGCCAAACUUUCUCCCCAAGUGCCCACGUAUCCAAACACGAUUACAUUUGCAAACUAAAUAGGAGCGAUAGUGAUAGCGCUAUGCCCCUCUAUAGGCGAGGGAGUAAACCGUUCGAACGUCACGCGGUCGAAAGAAGAUCUUUAAGGUUCAGAAGACCGUCGUGCUCCAUGGCCCAACUUUCCAACAUCGGGAAAUCGCACACGCAAAUUCCCCAAACCCCGAGAACGUCUAUUGAUUUGGAGUUGGAUUUGCAGGCGCAACACACCCGCUUAGAGAUGUUGAACUCGGAAGUGGUACGACUGAGGGAGCUGAAGCAGAGAUUGGAGGUGGCUAAGGAACAAGGGGAUACGGAGGUCGCGGCCGUCCUAUUGGAGAAUCAACAGUUUCAGAGUUUGUUGGCGUAUGCUGAAAAGACGACGCCGGACGAGAAGAGGGUGGAGAAGAUGCUACGGAAGGUGUCGAGGGAGAUUUAUAAGUUGAGGAAAACAAAGGCUGGGAAUGGGAGGCCGGAUGUAAUUUCUUUCAAAGAAAAGAUGGCGUUUUUCACCACCGCUCAUUUGACCGUACCUGUUUUACCAUCGGAGGAGAAUCCGAAUUCAACGGAAAAACCUCAAGAAUCGUACGAAAUCGCGCAGCAAAGUACCAGUGAAAGUUCCAGCCAAACCCCAAACGGAACCGAACAAAAAACGGAAAACGGAACUAGUGACAAAAGUCAGCCAUAUAAGUAUGUUGUAGAUAGGACACUGGGAGUGGAGGUCUGAAUGCCUUUUUUAUAGUAGAAUAUUCACGCAAGUAUUUUUUAAUUAUUUAUUUUUUUCUCUUGUUAUUUUCCUUUUAUAAGACAAAUUGGUACAAAUGUUGGUGCUUUGAUGUGUGACUACCGUUUGGUUAUCUUGAUUGUAUUUUCUAAGAAUUUUUUUAGAUAUUUUAACUAAUAAGACUGCCAAGUAUAAAACCUAAGUGCCUUUUAUAUAAUAUAUAACAAAUUUAUUAUUAUUACUAUUACUAUUAUAGAAAUAAAUAUUGGAAAAAAAUGUAAAUAACUGGAAAAUACAACCAAGCUUUCUCAGUUAAUUUAAAUUAGGAUUUUAACACGUUAACUGCACAAGGUAUUUUUACAUCCAAAUUUUGUUUUAAAGCUGUGUACCGUUCCUGCGCCACGGCAACUAUAUAAUCUUAUGGCAGUGUACAAUACAUGGUCUUCUGAACUAGAAAUUAUAUUUGGCGUGUAAAUUUUAUAGUGAGGGCAGGAAAGAAUUCCCUGAGGCAUCUUGAGUAGUCACUAGGAGCAAGGUUUGGAAAAUAUGGAGUGUGAGGAAGCAAUUCAAAGUUCAAUUCAUUCAAUUUCUUGUAUAUUUGGGUGUAUUGUCGUAGUGUUUUCUGCUUCAUGUCUGGCUAUUUGACUGCAAUUUCCGCUCACACGAUCAAGUAAUCUCAUUUAUUAAUCGCUAUCUAAUUUAUUUCCCAUUUGAAGGUUCUCAGGGAUUAUGAGCAUCACAAAGCCAUAAUUUUUCCGGUCGACUUUUGUGUCUUUGGUUGCAAAGGUGGACAUCUUCAAUCUCGCGCAAUUUUACUUUACUCUAAUCCAUUGUGAUUUUGACGUUUUUUGAUGUGUGUUUACUGAUCCAUGUAUACACUAAUCUUGACACAGUGUUGCUAGGCCUGGAAUUAUUUUUUCCCUAAAAUGUACUUGAGAAGUUGCCUGCUUGUUAUUAAAAUUUUCCCAGUAGCCCAUUUUAAUACCCUUGUGAUUUUCUAAGUAGGCAUAAAUGUCUUUAGACUCAGAACUUGCUUGUUUCAUAAUUUUUUUCCAAACAAUAUUUAUUGUCUUCAGGUUUUGUUUAAAAAUCACCAGACCUGGCCGUACUGUCUUAACUUUUCCCAAUUUUUCCAUAUGUCUAUAAAUUCAAUAGCGUAAACAAAUUUUGAAGCAUGUGCCGCUGUAUGGUAUUUAUUAGUGAUGGAAAAUUCUCGAUAAUGAAAAAUCGGAGAAUAUUUUCGAUAUGGAGAAUUUUUUCAGAAUGAACCUUAUUAUCUGUAUUAGGAAUCAUGAAAUUGCUGAAAAUUAUAAGUAGAAACAACAGUGUUUUUUAUAUACAGAGUGAUUCAAAAUUGAGUGCAAAGAUUUCAAGGGCGUAUUUACCAGCCAAAAAUAAGUUUUUUUCAUAAAAUCGUGUCCUUAUUUCGUUUUCUAGAUACAGAGUGCAAAAGUUUUUUAAUAAUUUUUUUUUGUUACAAAAAUCUGCUUUUGUAUGUAUCUAUUACUUAGGCUAAGUUAAAUUUUUAAAAGAAAUUAAAUGAAUCUCAAUAAUCGAUGCGAAUUUAUUAUUUGUUUUAAUAGGGCCAGGAACAGAUUUUGAUUUUCUUCCUGGAAACGAAGCUAGAUACCAGUAAGGCUCAAGAGGCAAGAAAGUUACAUUAUUGAACGCUUAAUCUAAAAAAAAAUAUUAAAUUGUCAAAAAAGCGGAGGCGUACCAUAAUUUUACCUAUAAGUAUCAAGUAGGUAAACCUGAAACGCCAUUGAAAUUAAUAAAUUUAUUUUAUUCCCACCAAAGGAGGGUCUUUAUGACGACAAAUAAGCCUACAAAAUUUUAAUUAAAUCGGCUGAAAGGAUUUUGAAUAAUUGAUAAAAAAACGAUUUUAUUAAAAAACUUUUACACUCUGUAUCUAGAAAACGUAGCAAGUUAGGAUAUACGUUUAUAUGAAAAAAAGUUCUUAUUUUUGGAUGGUAAAUACGCCCUUGAAAUCUUUGCACUCAAUUUUGAAUCACCCUGUAUAGAAAAUAUAAUCUAAUCUGAAAAAGAUGAGCCUUCGAACUCAGAUUCAAAAUCUAUUUCUACAGGAUCUGGCAGUCAAACGGAAAAAUUUUUGAUUUACAUUCAAAUAAAAGUUUUUAUUUCAUAAAAACUACAUCCACCAAAUGUUUUCCGUUGACAUUUAUGCAUUGUUCAAGUCGAUCCUAAAAUGUUUGCAUAACUCUUUGCAGCAUAUCGAUAGGUAUUGCUGCAAUUUCGUUACGAAUCUCGUGUUGUUCUCGGUGAAUCUGAUGCACAAAACUCUUGUGUUUAAAGUCGUAGACGGUUAAAGUCAGGGGACCGAGUUGGCCAACUGACCAACAUUCCCGUUACAAGAAACGAUAUACCCUGGGAAUAAGGCAUUUUAAGCAUUCAUUGAAAUUCUUCAGUAUGGCUUGUUACCUUGUUCUGUUAAAAAAGUGUGUUGCAUUCACUGGAAAACGGUCAAGUUUUGCUGUGAGGAAGUUAUGGAUCGUUGCAACGUAUCGCUCAGGAGUAACAGUAUAUUCAGUAAUUUUAUCUAAAGUUGCAAGAUUUCCCGACGGUCAAAGCCAUGAAACAUUUCUCUUAAAUUAAUUUUUUUGGUAUUAGUGCCAAAUGACGAACUUGCUCCCAUCUAUGGGGAAAAUUGCACAAUGAAUUGUUAUAGAAAAAAAAUAUUUUCUGCAUAAAUCACAACAAAAUGUGUCGGAUUUUUGUUCAAAAUUUGUAAAAUCCUCAUGGACCCAUAGAAGACAUUCCAGAAUUCCAAAAAAAGGCAAUCCAGUUAUCUUCUGUUAGUCCAUUACCACCACAAUAAAUACAGAAAGUCUCACUUUCAUCCUCUUGACUCUUUUAAGAUUCCUUUUUUCUUUCGAAAAACUCUUGCGUGUUUUCGAAACUUCCUUUUACCGAUUUUUUUAUGAUAGCUAGUUCAUUUCAAGUUCGGAUUUAUAAGGAGAAGAUGUGGUUCCCUCUAAUUUUUCCUGUUUCCUUUUUCGUUUUAUUGGGUCAACAAUUUUGAGUUUCGGCAGAGGAGACAAUUUAACUGUGUUUAAAAUCGUGGAUGAUUUGUCAUGAAUAUAUUCAUCUUCGAUGAAAGGCUCCAAAAACUUAUCCUAUUUAUGCCAUUACUCCUGCAGUAAGUAAGUUAAUCCAAUAUCAGUAAAACCGGGUUUUCUUUAGAUGGCGAAACUCACUUAACAAAACGAUUUAGGAAUUUAAGGAACAAGUCACCAUCACUCUAACCUCACGGAUUAUAAAACACAAAGUGUUAGGAAAUGCUUCAACUAUUAAUUGAGGGUUCAUGCUUGUUCUUGAAUAAAUAAGAAAUGGAGGAAUAAAUGUUCCCGCUGCACUUAUGGUAGCUAUCAUGGUAAUGUUUUUUCCUCUUUCUGUUGAUGUAAUUCAGCCAAUUUGUUUGAUGCCUUUUUGUGCAAUAAUAUUUUUAGGUUUUUUGCACAAUAGAAAAUCCAGUUUCAUCUAUGUUAAGCAUCCUCGACAGUGAAAAUCAAUAGUUUUCCCUAGAUUUUUGUAGAAUAAAGAAAAAACGAUUCAGUAGAGGAGUGAGGGUUCUUCUUCUGGAGUUCUUAAUGUCAAAUGUACCGUUCGGUUAAAUGAAAUUAGCCAGUCUUUACCAACAAAUUUUUUUGCUUAUUAAAUGGAUUUGGCAAAUCAUUUAUUUCUGCAUACUGGAAGGCCAGCCUCCAGGACACAAUAUGAUUUCUUAACUCCUAUCUUCGUUGUUUAUUAAACAUGGCUUGAAUCGUCCCUUGAUAUGUUUCUCAGGAAUGCCUUGUUUCUGCAACCAAUAGCGAAUCGUAUUUCUAGGAACGCCAUAUUUUUUUGGGAAUUUUUGAGAAGGUUUGAAUUCAGUCCUUCUUCAUAGACAUCACUUUGCUUCUUUCUUUUUAUAAUUUCUAAAAACAAGAAUUAAACUUAAAACUCUUAAUUGCAUUAGGCGGGGCAAGUUCGACAGUGUCAAGGUUAUCCUGUCAAGUUGUAAAAACAUGUAUACAUUUGAUAGACAGAUACUUUACUUACUGAGUAUUACUGGAAAAAAAAAUCCAUCCUCUUUUUAAACAAAAAUCUUACUCAAAUAAAACUUAAUGCUUACGUCAAAAUAUUAAAAUACGUGAUAUUUGCGUUUUAUGCACAGCGCAUUGACAAAGUUUAGCCACCUGUCGAGUUUUCCCCACGCUCUUCUACUAUUGGCAAAAACAAUAUACAUAUCCUCCCACAAGGAAACUGUAUUUUUUAAAUUAUAAUAAUUUGUAUGAUGCCCUCUUUCUUCUCAAUUUUUAGAUUUACUUCGGUUUCUGAGAUACGAAGUAAAAAAAAUUAGUUUACACUAGAAAAUUUACGACGAGAAUAUUCUCUUUUUACAACAUUAGUUAUGUCCUCCAAUAUUGCUAUCUUUCUAAGUUGGGUUUACUUUUACCGUUAUCUGUAUAAGAGUUUUCGUAACACCGACCCAUUAAAUUACUAAUUCAAAUCAAUGUACCAUAUAUUCGUCACGAAAAUACUGUAAAUGUUUGUUUAUCUUUUGUCGUACUGUCGCGUCGGCUCCAAACGACCUAAUGUGGCAAUUAACGUGUUAAAUUAAUAAUUCUCAGGGGCAAUAAAUCCCCAAGGAAAAUUAAAAAUACGUAAAAUGCACUUAUUUCCAUACAUCUGCCAACAGAUUUGUCUUAAAUAAAUUAAUAAACGGAUGCAAUACUGUAUCAUAAUGUAAUAUUAAUAAUCAUAUUACUGUUAUAUCUUUAGUACAAUUUCUUUUUUUACUUUGUUACCAUAUUUCUUACAACAUUGUUAACGGAUCAUUGUUCUUUAGAAGCCCCUAGCGCUUCUACUGAAUGACAAAAUAUUUUACUGUAUAUGAAAUAUAUUAUUUGAAAGAGCCAUAGUCUUUUGCUGGACUACAGGAGACUAUAGGGUAUAAAAAUAAUUCGACUAAAAUUUGAACUUAAUUAAAUCUCUUAAAUAGCUGUAGUCGUGCAAAGGACCCUUUUUUUAUAAGCCUCAACUAUAUUAGUUGCGUUUAUUUUUGUUAUAUAUAGCUUUCUUUUUAAAACAAAAUAUGUAAUGGUUACUCGUGAUUUUUUUAUAAAUGUAUAUUGUGUAAAUAGUUUAUUAAAAUAAUUUUUAAAAUGUAAUAUAUAUGAGGAGUUAGUUGAUCUUUGUAAAAACAAAAAAUAUACAUUCUAAAUUGGAGUUAUUGUAUUAUUAUAGUUCAUAUUUAAUAAUAUACGUUUUUAGGAAUUA